CCGGCGGCGGCGGGCGGCGCGGGCGCCGCGCUCAGAGCAGCCGCGGCGGCGACAGCAGUAGGUGCAGGCGCUGGCUUGGUGCCCCCCUCAGCUGCCCACCAUGGCCCCAGGGCUGCCCAGCACCGCCAGCCUGGCGCGCCUCUGCCAGAAGCUGAACCGGCUGAAGCCACUGGAGGAGUCCACCAUGGAGACGUCACUGCGGCGCUGCCUUUCCACGCUGGAUCUGACCCUGCUGGGUGUGGGUGGCAUGGUGGGCUCAGGCCUGUAUGUGCUCACGGGCACCGUGGCCAAGGAGAUGGCUGGCCCUGCCGUGCUCGUGUCCUUUGGCGUGGCUGCCGUGGCCUCCUUGCUGGCAGCCCUAUGCUACGCAGAGUUUGGGGCACGGGUGCCCCGCACGGGCUCUGCCUACCUGUUCACCUAUGUGUCCAUGGGCGAGCUGUGGGCCUUCCUCAUUGGCUGGAAUGUGCUCCUGGAGUACCUCAUUGGUGGUGCUGCUGUGGCCCGGGCCUGGAGCGGCUACCUGGACGCCAUGUUCAGCCACCGCAUUCGCAACUUCACUGAGGCCCACGUGGGCGUCUUGCAGGUGCCCCUCCUGGCCCACUACCCAGACUUCCUGGCUGCUGGCAUCCUCCUUUUGGCCUCCACUCUCGUGUCCUGCGGAGCCCGCGUCUCCUCCUGGCUUAACCACCUGUUCUCUGUUGUCAGCCUGGGUGUCAUCCUCUUCAUCAUUACCCUGGGCUUCAUCCUGGCCCGCCCGCACAACUGGAGUGCUGCGGAGGGGGGCUUUGCACCCUUCGGCUUCUCCGGCAUCAUGGCCGGCACCGCCACCUGCUUUUACGCCUUCGUUGGCUUCGAUGUUAUUGCUGCCUCCAGCGAGGAGGCCCAGAAUCCCAAGCGAGCCGUGCCUGUGGCCAUUGCCAUUUCACUUGGCCUGGUGGCUGGCGCCUACAUCCUCGUCUCCACCGUGCUCACGCUCAUGGAGCCCUGGCACAGCCUGGACCCUGACUCGGCACUCGCUGAUGCCUUCUACCGGCGGGGCUACAGCUGGGCGGGCUUCAUCGUGGCAGCUGGCUCCAUCUGCGCCAUGAACACUGUCCUGCUCAGCAACCUCUUCUCCCUGCCACGAAUCGUCUAUGCCAUGGCCACCGACGGGCUCUUCUUCCAGGUGUUUGCCUAUGUGCACCCCCGGACGCAGGUGCCUGUGGUGGGCAUCCUGGUCUUUGGGGUCCUCAUGGCUUUCCUGGCACUGCUGCUGGACCUCGAGGCGCUGGUCCAGUUCCUGUCCAUUGGCACACUGUUGGCCUACACCUUUGUGGCCACCAGCAUUAUUGUGCUACGCUUUCAGAAGCCCCCACCACCCAAUUCUCCAGGCCCAGCCAGCCCUGGCCCCAUGGCCAAGGAAUAUGACUCCUUCUCAGACCACAUACACCUGGUGGGCGCCCAGCAGGCUUCAGCCCCCGAGCCUGGGCAACUGCGGCCAGCCCUGAGGCCCUACCUGGGCUUCCUGGAUAGGUAUAUCCCUGGAGCUGCCGUGGCUUGGGCGCUCGGCUCCCUGGUGACCUCAGCCAUCACCCUGGGCUGUGUGCUGGUCUUUGGGGGCUCGGCCCUACACCUCCCACGCUGGGUCUACAUCCUGCUGGUCCUGCUCAGCUCUGUUGUGUUUCUGCUCAGUCUCCUGGUCCUGGGGGCCCACCAGCAACAGUGCCAGCAAGACAGCUUCCAGCGUCCUCCUCAACGUCUGCCUCAUGCUGAAGCUCAGCUACCUGACCUGGCUGCGUUUCUCCAUCUGGCUGCUGAUCGGGCUCGCCGUGUAUUUCGGCUACGGCAUCAGGCACAGCAAGGAGAGCCUCCGGGAGCCGUCAGGGCCAACUGCCACGCACUACGUGGUGUUCCCCAGCGGCGGCCUGGAGGAGGCUCUGCAGGCCGUGCAGCCCCCUGGCCAGGUGCUGGCCCAGGAGUCCGUCCACGUGGAACAGCCCACCCGCUUGUGAAGCCCGCCCUCCGCCACCACCAGGAGGCUGGAAGGGCUGGAGCCCCUUCUGCCAGAGCAGCAGGGUUGGUGGGCCUGCUCACGCCGAGGGGCCUCAGGACCUUAGCCUGGGCCGAGCUGCAGGCCUCUGGCAGUGGAUUCUGCCCAGUGCCUUCAGUUUAUGACCAACUGCAGCUACCUGGGCAGGUGGGGUAGGGUGGGAAGGGAAGAGACCCUCAGCCCCAGGACUUCACAAUUACAACCACUCAGCCAGCUGUGUGGCCUACCACUGUGUCCAGUGUGGUGUUCUUUGU